CUUUGAGUAUCACUUCUCAGGAGUGCAGUCUUGUCAAGGUUAAUUUGUUCCUGCGCGGUUAUAUCACGGAAUGCUCCAGCCUCGUAACAUCUGGCACUGUGGGGAAUUGGCACCUCUGGUUUCAGGGCAUGCAGACAACACUGGAAACGGAAGCGCCGGUUUCACACUACCGGUCCACAGCAGCAGCAGUGGCUGUGGAAGCGGUGACGCAGUGGCCAGCAGAAGCCGCGCGGGCACGCAGGAAGCAUCGGGCAUAUUGGGAAACGAAGCACGGAAUGCUACUGGAACCGGAGGAAGGGGACAGCAAGGGUUUUACGAUGUCUGUGCCAAUACAACGAGCAGGCGAGAUGCCUUACACGGGCCCGACAACCAACAGACGGGCGACACAGCCCACUUUUGCAAAGCAUGGGAUCAAUCGUCUGUGAAGAUGUCUAAGUUUGUAGAACACUGCCGCACCCGCACUGUCGAAAACCACAAAUGCGAAAACUGCGGUAAAUUACUCCACCUGGCUGAUCGCCUAGAUGUCCAUAAGCGCACUAACACAGACGAGAGACCCUACAAGGGCCAACUAUGUGAGAAAUCGUUCCGGUAUCCUAAUUCUGUAGAUAUCCACAUUCGCGCGCAUACUGGCGAGAAACCGUACACUUGCGAAAGGUGUGGUAAAUCGUUUCGGCGUUCUAAUUACCUAGCUGCCCAUAAACGCUUGCACACUGGCGAGAAACUCCACUCUUGCAGAACAUGUGGUAAAUCAUUCGUGUGGAUGACGCGUCUGCAUAGACACCAGCUCACUCACACGGACGAGAGACCCCAUGUCUGCCAUAAAUGUUGUCAAUCAUUCAAGGCGAAAGGCGAUCUCAAGCGCCAUCUCAAGUUGUAUUGUAGCGAAGGAGCUUUCGUUUGCGAAACAUGUGAUGAAUCCUUCAUAGACACCUCACGUCUCAGUCAUCACCGCCAAAGGAUGCACGGGGAUAAAACACUGUCUGAGUGAUUUCGUUUCGCAGUGAAAGAAUCCCUUUACGGACACCUGUGCCAGAUUUUUACGUGCUACUUAUGUGUAGAUUCAUUUGAAGACGCUGUUCAACUGAAUACACACCUCAUGACGCCUAGGGACAUGCAUCUGUUAUAUUCUGACUAUUGCGCAAGUUAGACAGAUCGCCCGCGGUAUUUGCAUAACAACGUGAGAGUGAAACCGUGCAGGGAAACAACACUGACACUUCCUAGGUAUACUUUACGGCGCAAAAUACAUUUCUUGAAAAGGGACAGAAGAAAGGGAGACAGUGAAGCGCCAAACUACCAACUGUUUAAUGACAGAAAUGUAUUUUGCGCCACAAAGUAUACCUAGGAAAUCUAAGCACCAACUUGCCCAAGAAGUCCUUUUGGAACACUGACACUCUUUGACAGGAGCCAGCAACCAACUGGAGGCAUUGGAUACAGAGACCGGCUUCUCUUCGUAUUUAGAACCGCUGAUUUAAACGCUCGUUUCUUGAAGUUAGUAGACGAGACAUUGUCGCCACAGGUAUUUAUCGUGCUUCGAUGUCGAACGUCCUGGACCGCGCUAUCUGUCUGCAGAACUAUGUUCGCGAACGGAGCUUUAGCAAACUCUUUUCAAGGCAAACCCUGAUGGGUUGCAAGUAUUUGUUUUGUGUAAGUACAAGGUGGAAGUGUUCGCACAAGAUCCUCGACAACUUAUUUAGUUAGGGAAGUGCAUUCGGCAAUCGUUUUGGAUUAACCUUCCUUUUAGUGAUUCUGUUGUGUGAAUAGAAGAAAGCGCCUCUCAAUAGGAAGCAUUUAAAAAUUAUGGACUCUUUUUUUGUCAACUGAAAAGAAAUCUCUGACAUUAUUUGAUGUUCUUGAGCCCUCUUGCCUUCGACCGGCAGUACCUGUAGGACCUUUUACGAAAGUGUAUAUCCACAUUGUUUGCAUAGAAAAACAUUUUGCUUGUAUAUUUUUCUCAA